AAGGAAUUGGUUUAUUUUUAAAAAAUGAGACCAGUCUCCCAAGCUCUUUCCUUCUUCUUCCUCUGUAUAAUCUGCACUUAUUUUUGCAAGAAAGCCAUUAAAACGUUCCCCAGUUCAACCUUCCUAAACUACGUCUUUCUCAUUGCUACUCAGCUAAAAUGGGCCUGGGAUUUUCUUCUCCUUCAAUCUUUCUGCCAAGCUCGACCAUCUUACAAAUUUGAGGCGGCUGCGGCGGCGGGAGUGUCGCUGGAGGUCGGAGUAAGGCAGUUCGACGGUGGGCCAGAGGGUGGCGGUGGCGUGGAAUGCGCUGUUUGUCUCUGCAAGAUAGAGCAAGGGGAAGAUGUUAGAGACUUGAGGUGUGAGCAUGUCUUUCACAGGGUGUGUUUGGAUAGGUGGUUAGGCACGGGCCGUAUGACAUGCCCAUUGUGCCGCAACCACGUUAAGCCGCCCCGGACGACGCUGUCGGAGCUCCACGAAGAUGUUAUCGUAUUCGAUGUUUUCGGCAGUAGACGUCGGGAUCGCUACACAUGGUGGUUGAGAUGAUCCGACCAAAUUGAUAUAUAUAGGUAGGUCAUGUUCCAAUAAACAGAAGCCUUUAGCUCAGAAAUGAGUAUGAAUUUCAAGCGUUAGAUUCGACUAUGUUGUAGUAAAAAAACAUAUUGCACUAAUAUAUGCAACCUAGCAGGCUACCAUGGUAGAAUUUUCAUAUAUAUUAGUGC